GUUAGGUCUGCGCCAGCGGCGGUUACUCUCCCCUUCCCCCUGCCCCCCCACGCUCCCCCUGGCGUGGUUCCAGGUGGUCACAGUGGCCCUCUCCCCUCAGUGGAGUCCAUCUUUCCUCACGCUGCUUGUGAAGCUGAGACCAGCCGACAUCAAUACUUCUCACUUCUUACUCUGAACUGCGGCCUGGGCGCGUGCAAGCAAGUGGGUGUGGAUGGGUAUCCCUUCCGCGCCCAUUUUUAUUUUCACCUUCUCACACGACGCCUCUGGAUCCGUACGCGUCGCCAGACUACUACCAGUAUUAGCAAAGCAGUUCCGGAAGAGCGUGCUCCCUACCCCACCACACUUCGCUCCUUCACGUGCACACGUCGUUGAGACUCCAACCCCCAGCAUGCCGUAGGGCCCGUCCCAGAGGCCUGCGCGGCUUUGCCCGCCGCGCUGCACGUUGGGAGUCGUAGUUCCAGAAUACUGCAGGCAUCGCACCCCAGCGUACCGCGGACUUCGGCCCUGGCCAGCGGCUUUGCUAGGAAAGAAAUUGUUCUCUCCAACCCGGAAUGUCUUUCUUUAGGUAUCGCGCGAAGCGAAGGGAGCUACACAACCAUAAUAGAGAAGGAAAUAAAAGUGAAAGCCUUGGCGCACUUAAAUAUACUAUUGGGAAGUCCUGCUUCUGUCCGUUUUCUGUUCUUGGAAGCUCACCCCUGUGAGCGAGAGCAACCAAGAAGCUGGAGGCCUUAGAAUCCUGAAGAAUGGAGGAACUGCUUGCCAUGGAUGCUUAGAUAAAUGAGCUCAUCCAUUUAUAUUUGGCUUUUUGCAUAGAUGCCUAAGAACUCUCAAGUUGCCUGAUGAUAGUUCCUUUAGCCGACUGAAGGUAGAUAGUGGGAAAGACUUGAUCAGAACACGCAGCGAAGCAAAUUCAAUCCUAGGAUAGUCUGCUAUCACCACCAAUCCCAACUUCUUUAACACCAUAUAUAGCUCUUUAUUUCUUAAUGAAAUUUCUAGGUGCUAGCAAAAAGAAUGGAAGUAAAAGCAGAAUUGUCUUCCCACCCCAAUACGAAGUAAGAUAUAAUCCAUCUCUCCAAAAGCCCGUUGUUUUGCAGUUACAUACAACAACAAAAAAGCCAAAGUGCCUUAGAUGGCAAUUUGGCCAAGUCUAGGGAUAAGUGUCCUACAGUCUUCAGCACCGUUGCUGAGAUUGUUCCAAUAACUGCAUGCUACUGUGCUGAAUUCUGCCUGGUAGAGUCUGUUGGCUAGGAAUCCUGGAAUACAGACGGGUAAAGCGCCUUGUUUACCAGCCGGUAUCAAACUAGAAGAUUUUAAAAGGGCCCUGAGACCGAAAGACGCGUCGGAACUAUUUAACCUAAGUUCCCAACCCGGACCCAUUUAUUUUUCGGCUUUCAGGAAGUGCGAGUUACGUAGUAACUCCACUUGCCGGAAGUGUGACCUCCGCAAAUCCCGGAUAGAUUUAGAAGUUCCACUUUCAACUUCGCCAUGCAAUGCUGGCAACGACAUGGUUCAGGCUUCAGCCCUUCUUAGCUGUAAAAUAUAUUAAAUCAGAACUGUUUUCAUCCUCCUGAGAAAGAUUCUUACUAGAAGCCAGCAUGCUUCACUUCAUCCAGAAGUUUGCUCAAGCAUCUUCAAAGAUGCUGAAAUACCCUUACACAGUGAGACUCAGAACUAGCAGAAUAGAUACACUUUAUCCCAAGACAUCUCUCCAGCAGAACAUUUCUCCUUUGUUCCCACAGCCUUGGCUUUUCCCAUCAUUUGAAAUGUUUAUGAGCAAGACACAAUGCUAUCAUACAUCACCAUGCAGCUUCAAGAAAAAACAGAAGCAAACAGUUCUUCCUGCUAGGCCACCAAGUGCCAUCACUUACCUACUUGACAGCCCAAAGCCAGCUUUGUAUGUAACUUUGGCAGGACUAAUACCGUUUGUUGCUAUUCCACUGGUCAUGGUCACUACAAAGACUUAUAUUCCCAUGUUAGCUUUUACUCAGAUGGCUUAUGGAGCCAGUUUCCUAGCUUUCUUAGGAGGGGUCAGAUGGGGUUUUACUCUACCAGAAAGCAGUCCAGCCAAACCAGACUACCUUAAUUUAGUUAACAGUAUGGGUCCUGUUGUGUUUUCAUGCUUUGCCAUCCUAAUUUCUGAAAAAGUCCAUGAAGCUAUGGUCAUAACAAUAAUAGGUCUGGGGACAGCACUGCAUGCUGACUUUUUCCUCUUGCCACAUUAUCCGAACUGGUUCAAAGCUUUGAGGAUAGUAGUGACUUUAGUGACCUUUUUUUCCUUUGUAGUCACUUUAGUACUUCAAGGUAUUUAUCCAGAGAAGAGCCCCAAGAAACCUGAUCAAACUGGAAUAUAAUGCUACCUUGUUGAUAACAUGUUGAAUUUUAGGAUUAGAUUUUUCUACAUCUAUAUUUUUCACAGGUCAUUUUUCAUUUCUCAAUAUCAUUAUUCCCAAGUAAUUACUUCAGCAAGAGCUUGAAAAUCUUCAGGUUCCUGUCAUGUCAUUUUAGGUUAGUUACAUUUUCUUUUAUGAAUUGUAUUGUCAUCUACUUAACGUUUCACUGUUUUGAUUGUAUCUAAAGAUGUAAAAUAAAAGCCUUACGAUCAUUAAGAAAUUAA